CUAUAACGUUAGUUACGGUACUUUACUGUUAUUAACGUUAACGUUACCCUUCGAAAUUGUUUGUGCUUUAACUUGUGAUAAUGAGACUAUGAAGUUAUAACUGAGCUAACGUUACUUAACUAGCCUAUAACAACUAACUACAUUCAUUUGAUCAAGUAGUUAAACUCUUAAAUAGACGUCGUUGGUGUUCCCCUGGAAACUGAACGGUUUGCAGUCCUGCUGGUUUCAUGCCAUUCACAAGCCAUUAACGUACGAUAACUGACGUUGACCUCUGCGUCAGAUGCCUCGCAAAGAGUGCACUGCACGAAAGAUGCGUGAUUGUAUCGGAUUAAUUUAGCUAAUCAAUAAUUCAACUUGUGUUAUUUAUUAGUAGCUAACGUUUCAAUAGUCAGUCGAUAGAAAGCCGCUAACGUUUCAAUAGUCAGUCGAUAGAAAGCCGCUAACGUUUCAAUAGUCAGUCGAUGGAAAGUCACACGUUGGGCUUAUUUAGUCUCUGCUGCAAGAUAACGAAAAGGAAACAUAAGGAAGUCGACCAGGUUUCUCCACUUGUUUCUGAUGCCUCUGCUGCCACGUUUGCAGAAAAUGGUAGAUGCCAGCUAUGAGUCAAAUUAGGCCCUGCCUGUGGACUCGGCUCCCCCAGAGCAGCCGAUCCCCAUGUGACCGUUACAAGCAGGCCUGCUGCAGCUAUGAUGGAUAUGUGUAUAUCCUGGGAGGACGAGACAACAACUGUUUGAGGGACUUCUGGAGGUACAGCGUGGUGUGUAAUGAGUGGACAGAGUUGAAUUGCACCGGUGAAGCUGCACCAGAAGAACUAGAAGAACAUUCUAUGGUGGCUCAUGAGGGCUUCCUGUAUGUUUUUGGAGGCAUGCUGGAUUCUGCAUACACCAAGUGGAGAUGUUCCCUGUGGGUAUUUGACAUUGCAAAGCAAAAGUGGGUGCGCAGCCAUGGAAAGACGAGCUCUCCUCAGACCCAACUGCCAACCAACAGAAAAGGACACAGCGCUGUGGUGGUUGGCUCUGCAAUGCUGGUGUAUGGAGGAUUCAUAGACAUGAAAGGAUCCUCGCAGGACUUCUGGAGUUUGAAUUUUGAUACCAUGACAUGGUCACUGCUGAAUGGCUCUCAGCAGGGCUCAUUAGGCCCAGGCCCCAGACACAGUCACUCAGCCAUGGCCUACCAGAGCUGCAUGUACCUGUAUGGGGGCCUUAAAGGCUUGCAGGAGCAGAGAGACUUCUGGAGGUGGAAUUCCACCAGCCAUAUGUGGACUUCCCUCAAAAACAAGUCUGGUCCCUCAAGACUGAUGGGCCACUCGGCUGUGGCCUACAAGGACAGUAUGCUUCUUUUCGGAGGAGGUGAGAGCCAGAACUUUCCAAAAAACUGCCUGUGGAGGUACAGUAUUACCACUCAGACCUGGGGGCAGGUUGCCACACUCCCAGGCUCGAACCCCCCACACAAGAUCCACCACUGCUGUAUUGGGCUGGGUCCCAGCUACAAGUCAAACACCAGCAGCUCCUUCUCCGGCUCAGGACUCCAACCCAGGCCGCUGGAUUGGAAACUAAGGCCCUUCAAAAACAAGUGCUUCCCUGCCCCAGUCACCUUUCUAGGAUCAGAGGGGGCUAUAGAGCUGGAGACGUUCAGCCUGGACAGGUGCUACGGUAGCAAAACACUCACACAAUCAUCAGAUCUGGACAACAGCAAGGAGGGCUUGAUGGGGAAAGAUGGACAGCGGAUUGGAAACUGUUUGACCUUUGAAAACAAGGCUUUCAGGAAACAGUGCAGCUGCACAGAUGAGGACCUGUUCGACGAGGAGGAUGGAGAUAUAGCCCAUCAUCUGCCUGAUCAGCUGCUGGUGCUGGGGGGAAGACCCUGCACCAGACACAGUCCCAUCUCUGUAUGGCAAAUGACUCUGACUGAUUCAUAACUGCCUGAAGAACAAACCUUUUCUCUAUUUGAGAAGUAUGUAAAAAAAAUAAAAACACAUCAGUAAUAUCACAUGUUAAAUCUUAUUUGUAUAAAGGGUUUACUGACAUUCUGUGAACAAGAAAAUAUCUUUUAUAUUUUUAUAAUAGUGUUACUUUUGUUGUUGAGUUUUUAUGUUGCGUUUAUCACAUAUUACCUUUUUGCAGAAGUGAAAUAGAUAAUUGGAAAAUGGCAUUAAGAAAAGCAAUUAUUACAGCCAUUAACAAUUAUCUAAGUUGUAAGUAAGUAAGUGUAACUGUGACAAAAUACAGCACACACAAACAUAAAAAUCAGGAUCACAUUUGAAGCCCUAGACCUCCUACAGUGUAUGCUCCUUUACAAUAUAUCCCCUUAUAUUAACUAUAGUAAAUGUCUGUGACAUAUUUUAUCCCCACAAGCUACCAAAUCUGGUUAAGACACAUUUGCUUUCACUUUCUACAAACUGACAGUAUGGAGAUGAUAACAAUGCCUAUAAUAAAACCUAAAUUUCACACGA